CUCAUUUCUUCCUUUGUUCUAAUAUCUCACUCUGUUUUUUGUCUCUCUUUCUCCUUCUCUCUUUAACAUAUUAUCCGUCGAAGAUCACCUUUGAGCCCUUUCCUCCUUUGGAGUGCUGCCGUUAGAGAAUUCCGUUCUAUCAUCAGCUCGAGUUGCCUGAAAAGCCAGAGCCCUUGUCAGGGGAAGUUGAAGUUUCUGGAUUCCCUGUGUUUUAGUACAGUCAUACGAAAGACUUCUUUCCAGCCAAGAAAGACUUCUUUCCAUGGAGUCUAAGAUGUUGGUCACUCCAGUUCAAUCUAGCAAACGGUUCGCCAACAAAGCUUGCGUGUCUCGCAACUCUUUGAAUUUGUUCCGAUCUGAAAAAAAUCCAAGCCCUUCUUGCUUUAGUUUUGGCAGUCCCAAAUCCUAUGCAAGAAUCAAUGGCCUUUUGGUUCUGAGCCUAUGUGAAGAUAGUUCUUUGAUGGAGAAUCAAAUUGCCCUCAAUGAGGAGCAGUGUGCUUUUGCCAAAACUGAGAUAGGAAAUGAGCUGACAGUUGAAAGGUUUGAGGUUAACGGCAACGCGGAAAAGAUAGAAGAGCUCGAUGUAGAUCUGGACAUUAUUAAUCAUCCUGAGGGUAAAGUGGUUGAUGCUAAGCACUUGGUGAAAAAGCUGAAAAAAAGUUUUUGUGGACAGGUUUCUGGCUUUCUGCCCUUACUCUUUCCUGCGUGUUGCACUUAUUGGUAGUUAAUCUGUUUAUUAUAUGAAAUUAGUGAGGUAGAAAAGGAGUGUGGGAGAAAAAUGAGGGAGAAAAUGAGGGAAAUGACCGAUGGCUGAAAG